CAAUUUUCAAUUACACACACCAUCUUCCUCUUCUUCCAAGAACCUUCUCUCUCUCUCUCUUCAAAAAAAAAAAAAAAAAACACAAAAAAAAGUCUCCUCUCCUCUCCUCUCCUCUCCUCUUUUCAUUUCACAACAAACUUUGUUAUUCUUGGUCUUAUUGUUCUCCUCUCCAAAGAACAACUCAUCCUUGUUGUUCCUCCCUUCCCCCUUUCCUCUAUAAUCCUAUUAUUAGCUCAACCCACCUCUCUCUCUCUCUCUCGAUUCGAUUAAUCCUUUUACCAAAAACCAAAACCAAAAUUGUCGAUUGAUCAAAAAAUAUGAGGCCACAACAACCCCCACAACCCCAAUCCCAAGUGGGUCCCACAUCAAAACAAGGCUUCCGCUCACGCCGCCGCCCAGAUCUAACCCUCCCUCUCCCACUACGGGACCCAGCUCUAGCCGUCCCCCUCCCUCUUCCCCCAACCUCGCUCCCCUCCUCCUCCUCCUCCAGCUCCUCCGCCAACUCCAACUCCAACUCCACCGCCACGUCAUCCAGCGAAGAAACCUCGAAUCACAGAAACAGAAACGCUCUAUGCUUCCACUACUCCCAGCUCGAGCGAGCCAAUCGAAUCGGGAGCGGCACCGGAGGGACCGUGUACCGAGUGAUCCACAAGCCCACAGGCAGAGUCUUCGCCCUCAAGGUCAUAUACGGGAACCACGACGACUCGGUCCGCCGCCAGAUCUGCACCGAAAUCGAGAUCCUCCGCGACGUGGACAACCCAAACGUGGUCAAAUGCCACGACAUGUUCGACCACAACGGCGAAAUCCAGGUCCUGCUGGAGUACAUGGAUCGGGGAUCGCUGGAAGGUGUGCACAUCGCGAACGAGCGCCAGCUCUCCGAUCUAGCCCGCCAGAUCCUCGCCGGACUCGCAUACUUGCACCGGCGGCACAUCGUCCACCGCGACAUCAAGCCGUCGAACCUCUUGCUCAACGCGAGGAACCAGGUCAAGAUCGCCGACUUCGGGGUCUCGAGAAUCCUGGCGCAGACCAUGGACCCGUGUAACUCCUCGGUGGGCACCAUCGCCUACAUGAGUCCCGAGAGGAUCAACACCGAUUUGAACGAUGGGCAGUACAAUGCGUACGCUGGGGAUAUAUGGAGUUUCGGGGUUAGCAUUCUCGAGUUCUACAUGGGUCGGUUCCCGUUCGCGGUUUCGAGGCAAGGGGAUUGGGCGAGCUUGAUGUGCGCCAUUUGUAUGUCGCAGCCGCCGGAGGCGCCGGCCACUGCGUCGAGGGAGUUCAGGGACUUUAUCUCCUGUUGUUUGCAGAGAGAGCCGAGGGGAAGGUGGACGGCUGCGAAGUUGUUAAGGCACCCAUUCAUUGUGCAACACAAUGUUCAGGUGAACAAUCAGGUGAAUCAGAAUCUUCAUCAACUUUUACCUCCUCCACGCCCGCUUAAUUCUCAGUAGUAGUUGUAGUAGUUGUAGUUGUAAGAAAAAUGAAAAAAAAAAAGGUCUUAAAUUUUUGUUUUUUUUUUUUUUUUCCCAUUUUGUUUGAUUCAAGAAUGGUUAAAAGAUUUGAUGUAAUUUUGAUAAUGAUGGGAUGGGGUUUGAUUUUUAGUGGGAGGGAAGGUUAAAGAAUUUGAGAUGAGAAAUUGGGCUGGUUAUGUCUCUGUAGUUUCAAUCAAUCUCAGUCUCUUCAGUCUUUUUAAGUCA